GCGGUGCAUCCUUUUCGCGGAGGGACCACCUCAUGCGCCACAUGUCCUCUCACUCAGCGGAGAAGCCCUAAAGACGUGUCCGUGCCACCUGGAAAAACGUCGAACAAUUUGUAUUGCUUGGGCUUCGACUAUGUUUCCAUGCUGCCAGAAGAAACGUCGAACAAGUUGUAACAAGUUGUAUUCCUUGGGCUUCGACUUUUCCUUGCCAUCACCAUCCCCAGCGCAGUACCUUUCACUCGUGUCAGUAUGUGACCAGCUGCAUUCCUGCCGGCAGUGCACUUACAAGACUGAGCAGAAGAAGCACAUGAUCCAACACCUGCGCACCCACAUGCCAGAGCGCCCCUACCAGUGCCAUCUGUGCUCGGAAACAUUCACUCAGCGUAACAGUCUGACAUGCCAUGUGCGUGCCCACACAGGAGAGCGCCCCUACCAGUGCCACCUGUGCCCAGAAACAUUCACUCAGAAUCACAGCCUGACACGUCAUCUGCGCACCCACACUGGAGAGCGUGCCUUUGCCUGCAUCCACUGUGGUGCAUCCUUCUCACGGAGAGACAACCUCUAUCGCCACCUAUUCUGUCACUCGGAGGUGAAGCCCUAAAGACUAAACUAUUGCGCCAGCUGAAAUGCUCCCACGCUGGUCACAAGCUGAAAUGCAUGCCUCAGCUGAGUUGGUUCUCAAGCUUUGAACGUCCCGUUUCAUACUUGUGGUUGAGCAUUAGCAAACCCUGUCACUCUGGUCGGCAUUCGCACAGCAAGGCAACGACAUGAGAAAGUGAGCGCUGCAAUUUUUGAGAAGCCAUCGUUGAUGUUUAGUGAUGUCAUGUCUGGAAACCGAGUAAAGCUUGUAUGCUGUAUUGAAA